GUGCCGCAACACAACAAUCGUAAACAACAUUUUUUCCAUUCAGAUUUCUCGCAAGUUUACGGCUGCACGAUAAUUAGCGCGUCCGGGCGGGCGCGUCAUUAGUUUUUCCGCGUUUUCGUACGAUUUCGCGGAGAAAAUGGAGCCAGGCUUGCACGGCCUGUGCACGUGAUACGUAAACUCGCGAGUUUCGGGCAUGCGGUGACGUCAUCCGGUACGUUCUGGAAGAACCCUGCAGGACAAUAAUGGCGGAUUUGUAUGCAAAAUACAACUGCACCUAUUGUCAAGAAGACAUCUCGGGUUUGCGUGUAAGAUGCGUAGAAUGUCCGGAUUUCGACCUCUGUUUGCAGUGUUUUUCCGCUGGAGCUGAAAUCGGUCCACACAAAAAUGAUCACUCCUAUCAAUUUAUGGAUUCCGGUACCAUUAGUAUAUUUAAUGGUAAAGGAAACUGGACUGCUAGGGAACAUCUCAGAUUAUUGGAUGCUAUUGAACAAUUCGGUUUUGGAAAUUGGGAAGAUAUUAGCAAACAUAUUGAAACACGUACACCCGAAGAAGCAAAAGAAGAAUACAUUGCCAGAUACUUAGAAGGCAAUAUUGGGAAACACACGUGGCCUCCAACUGAAAGCUACAGACCAAAUCUGGUGGAUCAGACUAAAUCGGAUCACGGACCCCUUUCACCGGAUCUCACAUCCCGGUUACCACCUUUGGAUAUCACUCCAGAAGAGGCUGCACAAUUGGGAUACAUGCCACAACGAGACGAUUUUGAAAGAGAUUACAACCACGAAGCGGAAUCGCUUGUUUCCUCUUUAUUUCUGAAUCCAGCAGAAGACGAUGACCUGGAUAUAGCGCUUAAACUUGCACAAGUAGAUAUGUACACCAAUAAUUUAAGGGAAAGAGCACGACGAAAAAGAGUCGUACGAGAUUACCAGCUUGUUUCGGCGUUCUUCGCUUCGUCCAGGAAAGAUAAGACGGUGAAAAAGAAGCAGACAAAGGAGGAAAAGGAGUUCAGAGACAGAAUACGAGUGUUUGCGCAAUUUUAUACAGCGCAGGAGUACGAACAAUUCUUAACGAACCUCGAAAGGGAGAGAGAGUUGCGAUUGCGUCUUUCAGAAUUAUACCGGUACAGGGAACAUGGCAUCACUAGACACGAAGAAUGCACUCAUUUCGAACAAGUGAUGGUACAAACUCAGGGACAAAACGAUGCCGUGGAUCACUGGAAUGAAAAGAAAUCUGCAUUUGUGAACAGAUUGUAUCAGUUUGCAUUUCACUUAGGGCAGCAGUGGGCCGUCCACACCAAUACACCGCCACACCUCAAAAAAAACAGAGAAGAAGAAAAAAGUUACUCUUCCACCGACCGAAAGUACACUGUAAAAGACUUUCCCAGCAGCAGCUUCUCAAUCAGUCAAACCAAUCCCAAUCGGACGACGACUCCAGCCAAUCAGUGGGCGGAGCCGGAUAACAAUCCAAACCCUUCCAGCCAGCAUUCUACCAGCUCCAGUUCUACUGCGGAGAAAUGUCACACUGCGAUCACUUCUGGAAAAUCUUGUACAACAACGGGAGAUUUAGAAGAACGAAAUAUAGAAAUGGAAGCUGCGGCUCAUUUAUUAACGAAACAAGAGAAAUCUUUAUGUGUCCAGCUUGACUUGAAGCCGACACAGUAUUUAACGCAAAAGACGUUGUUGUUGCAAGAGUAUCUAAACGGUAACAGAAGAUCAGGCGUUGUACCUCAGUCAGAACCAGAGAGUAAGAUAUUACAUUACCUGGUAGCGAACGGCUGGAUCGCGGCCAACUGAUUAAAGAUGUAAAAGAAAAUUAACGACCAUUUCAACUCUAAGUCACCUUCUACUUUGCGAACUAAGUCCUAGAUGUAAUUCAAAUUUGAGUCUGAUUUAAUUAACAUGCGUAGGGCAGGUAGAGAGAGAAUGUGUGUACGUGUAUAUAAUUUAAUACGUAAAGAUGUCCUUUAAUCGCAGUUUUCCAAUGAAAACUCGGGACGGUUAAAUUUAGGUGAUUCAGAUCACUCUUUUUCAUUGUUAGAAAUUUUCAUUGCUGUACAUUUUUCUCUUUAAAUUAUUUCUUCAUACUAUGAACUUGAAUUUUUAUUGAUCUUUUUAUUUACAUGAAAUUAAGAGUUAUUUGAUUACCAGCUUUUGAUAUGCUUGAUGGCUUUUCAAGAUUCUCUUAUUGGAUCGUCACCGCCUUAAGAAUUUCUGUACUUGAUUUUAACAAGUAUUACUUCGAUCUUUUGUUUCAUUUUUAAUGUAAUAAUUUACAUCACCUCUUUCGUCAAGGAAAUCUCUUACACUGCCUUUAUAGAACCAUUGAACGUAUUGCUCAAUUAAUUCUUCCACUCUAAUAUUUUCUUGUACAAACUAUUAGUUGCACAUACUCCUUUCUAUCUGUUUCAAAUGUGAUUUGUUACCAUGCUUGACAAUAAGGAAAUACAUGAACUUAUGUUGUAGUAGUAGUCGUUGUGUCGAGACUUUCAAAUUGUUGUCCAAUGUAACACACUUGAACGAUUGGGAAAUGUCCAACCAGGAACAGGAGAUUAAACACUUGUUUCAUACGUUAAAAUAUUAAUGUAGCUGAGAGUUAUGAAAGUAUUGAAUGUUAUUAACUUAAUAGUAAACGUAAUGCCUUUAAUGAUAUGUGCGCAACGACGCAGAUCCUUCUUCACACUUCUAAGAAAUAUUUGUUCGUUGGAAAAUGAAUUCUAAAUGUUUUACGCAUGAUUACAUGAUUCUUGUGCGACCCGAUGUGCAUUUUAUCUCAGAUUUAGAGAAUAUUCCUUAUUGAUAAAGAAUGGUACAAAAAACAGAUCGUAAAAGGACAUUUGUUAUUGCCACGAAGAUAACACGAUAUUAGGUAAUUUAUCUGUUACCUGUGUAAAAAAAAUAUUACUAUUUGUAAAUACGAAUGGAGAAUAGUACCUUCCUAGUGAUACUACUUUUAAAAGCACAAAAGUAACGGCGAUAUGAUCUAAACGUUAAGCGUAUAGUGUGAUAUUGGUGGUGUUCUAAACCAAACGCGUACUACAGAAAAAGACACGUUAAUGAUUUAUGGAGAAUUAUUAUUUUCCGUUGCACGAUAGUGAUCGAUUCUAAUUUUUAAUACGAAACGAAAGAGAACGAAGACAUUCGUAUCGAAUGUAUGGAUUUCUCCUGCAUGCGCAGAGGAAAAUAUUCUUCAAUGAAUGUCUCAAACAGCUUCGAAUCGCAUUGGCUGCUUUCGUUCAGCGUAAACGUACUAUUCUAGCGUCGGGGGAUGACAAGUUGCUCCAUUGCGAAAUGUUUCUCAUAUUAUGUCGUAACAUUACAUUUAAAAAAUUGAAAAACCGAAAAAAAACAUAGUCGUUUUGCUUCAAAGCAAUUUAGUACUUCCCCAAAUAUUCACGCUUAUCGACAUCUCGAAUGCCUCAAAUUCGAGCGAAGAAAUUUAUCUUGUGCAUUGUCAUAUGUAUAAGUGUAUAAAAAAAUGUGAAAAAAAAUUAUAUAAAUAUAUAUAUAUGUACAUAUGAAAAACAAUGACUGCUCGCGAUUGCGAGUGGCUUAAAAAAGUGUCACGUGUAUAAAGAGGAGAAAAGAAAAUUUUAAGGAAAUAAUUUUUGAUUUCUUAUUAAAUGGCAUAUUGCUUAAGUACUAAAGUAGAUCACAAAAUAGGGAUAUAGCCACUCAUAUUUUUUACGGAGAGUAGAAGACUAUCAUCCCUUUUAUUCGAUGUAAACUUUAUUUGUUCAUACGAUCUUCCGCGAGCAGACGUGAUUAUUAUUCUGCGGACGCUUCUUUCAAAUCCAUUCUUAUCACAUAUUUCCUGCUGUUUGAAUACGGCUUGAAGGUCGAUCGAUGCGAGUUCCAUUUCCUAUUACUAUUUUAUUCCGCAGGCUUUGAUUACUUGAUUUUUACACAUACUAUGGUUUUUUCACGCUGGAAAUAGGAUAGUAAAAUGGAUUUUCAAUCGAUUUUAAAAUCGUUUCAAAUAACUUGCAUGGAUCGACUUGGCCGUCGUUCGAUUAUAAUAUUUCUGUAAGAAAUGGUCCAUCACGGAUAAAAAUCGUUCGACUAAACGAACGUCAACAAAGUUAUCUCGAAUGAAGAGGUCAGUACGCUUUCUCGUAGCUAUUUAAAAAAUGUAGUAAUUUAUAAGAUCGUGGAUUACAGGAGAGCCGACAUCUAUUAAAACUCACGGCUGUCAUUCUGUUGUUUCAAUUUUUAUGGAAAAUUUAGUGAAAAAUAUUUUCAUCACUUUGUUUUUCUUAUUAUAUGUUAAAAGAAAAUUAAUUGUAAUCGUCUUUGCAAAGAUCAGCAGUAAAGGACGAACGUCAUGAUUGAUUUUUAAUUGUAUUAUUUCGAGCUGUAUUCGUGUAACAAAUCAGAACUUUCUUAACAAUGAGGAAUUAAUGUUUCGAAGCGAAAUGCUUUAAUCCUUGUACUUGAAUCGAACAGUCGUUGGAUGUAUGAAAUAAACUGUACAAUAGGUAUUUUCCCUUAAAA